GUCGACAAGUGUCUCUUUCAUAAGUUUAUUUAUAUUGUGUGGUCAUGUAAAAUUUUGGUAAAUAGAUACAGCGGCAGUAUGAAAACAUACAGUUACCUGCUGCCGCUGUCCUCUUAACAACAUCCAUCUGCGCUUGGGAUGUGCGCUGUAGGAUGGUAGGGGGUUGUUUAUAAAUGGAGAUAUUGCUCACGAAGCUCGUGUUAUACCUACCUCUCUGCCUUGCAAGAGGCAUGUGGUAGUAGCCAGGAGCACCGACAGUUGAUCACUCAACGAGCUCUGCAGCCAGAGUUUGCUGCGCUGAGUGGUCAUGGCAAGCACGAGCUACUUCGUGAGGCAAUGUCCGCGCCUGGCAGGGCGCCUCGCUUCAGGCACUCUCCUCAAUCAUUACCCCCACCCAAGAGUCUGUUGCCCCGUCCCGAGGCACCAGCCACCAACACCCUCCACUAGUUGGACCGACACAAUUAACAGUUUCCUUAACUUUCGUCAACUUGAGAAGCCAGCGAAGAAACCAACGCUAGAAGGCACUUUUUCAUCGAAACUAUUGAACAGUAUAUCGCGAACGUUCUUCUUUCGCAAGAAUGACGACAAAACUGAUGACCAGAGGAAGCGAGUGCCGAAACUAAUAUUGGUUCAAAAUCCUUUCAAAUGGCUGAUGCUUAAAAUUGACUUCAAUGUGUUAAGGAGACUUUGGGAUCCAACGUUUGUGGAGACUGAUUUCAAGUUUGGAACUAAACAAGCCAUAUCCCGGGUGACCCAUCUCAUAAGCGACGGCGAGUUCAAGAGCCUGAACGGGCUGCUGACGAAGCCGGCCAAGUUCAGCCUGAUGCGCGAGCUGGACCGGCACUACAGCGAGCGACAGCGCGCGCUGCUGGCCCUCGACCAUGAUGACAUACAGGUCACGGCGCCCAGGAAGAUCUACUUCAUCAAAGUUGCCGAUAAACGAUACUGUGAUGUAGACAUGGCGUUUCUAGCAUUGAAAUGGGUGCCCAUACAAAGUGUCGAAGCUCUGGUGUUCACGGAGAUAUUCGCCAGAUUCCACAGAGACUACACCCCGCACUGCAUACCGGAGUGGACGAUAGCCUACUUCAAGAUAACCCGGUUCCAAGUUCUUCGGCGGAGACCUAUUAUGUGAUAGGCAAGAAAUUGCCUUUGGUUUCGGUUUGAAGGCUGACUUCGCUUCCGGCUGGCAAAAUGCUGGCGAAAGUUUUUGAUGGAGUGUUGGAGUAAGAGAGAGAUUACACAGUUUUACAUGAAUUUUUAAUAAAAUAUAAAUAGUUUAACACUUCA